CUAGCUUUUGGGGGGCCUUUUGGCCUUCUAGCGCUAGCCUUCUAAUGCACUCUUGCUCAUCAGGAGGGAGGAAGAGGAGCAGGGUGCCUGGAGAGGGGAGGGCGGGCCCUGAGAGAGAGUUUGAAAAGAGGAAGGAAGUGGAGUUCGGCAGAACGCCUAGCCACCCCCUAGCUGCUUCCCUGCAGGACGACGUGAGGCCCCUGGCCCAGCCAUGGCUCCCUGGCGCAAAACUGACAAGGAGCGGCAAGGCGUAGCCAUAUACAAUUUCCAAGGGAGCGGAGCACCCCAGCUCUCCCUGCAGAUUGGUGACCUGGUACGAAUACAGGAGACCUGCGGAGACUGGUAUAGGGGAUACCUGAUAAAGCACAAAAUGUUACAGGGUAUUUUUCCUAAAUCCUUCAUCCACAUCAAGGAAGUGACAAUUGAGAAAAGAAGAAAUAUUGAGAACAUCAUUCCUGCAGAAAUUCCUCUGGCACAAGAAGUGACAACGACACUUUGGGAAUGGGGCAGCAUCUGGAAACAGCUCUAUGUGGCCAGCAAAAAGGAGCGCUUCCUCCAGGUGCAGUCCAUGAUGUACGACCUGAUGGAGUGGCGGUCCCAGCUCCUCUCAGGAACUCUGCCCAAGGACGAGCUGAAGGAGCUGAAGCAGAAAGUCACAUCCAAAAUUGACUAUGGCAACAAAAUCCUUGAACUUGAUCUGAUUGUCAGAGAUGAAGAUGGAAAUAUCUUGGACCCUGAUAAUACCAGUGUCAUCAGUUUAUUCCAUGCCCAUGAGGAAGCAACUGAAAAAAUCACAGAGCGUAUCAAGGAAGAAAUGUCAAAAGACCAGGCAGAUUAUGGAACAUAUGCCCGGAUCUCCUCAUCCCCUACCCACAGCCUCUAUGUCUUUGUGAGAAACUUUGUGUGCAGAAUUGGGGAAGAUGCUGAGCUCUUCAUGUCUCUCUAUGACCCCAACAAGCAAACAGUCAUAAGUGAGAACUACCUGGUGCGAUGGGGCAGCAGGGGCUUCCCGAAGGAGGUCGAGAUGCUCAACAACCUGAAGGUGGUCUUCACGGAUCUCGGAAACAAAGACCUCAACAGGGAUAAAAUUUACUUGAUUUGUCAAAUAAUCCGAGUUGGGAAGAUGGAUCUCAAGGAUACCAAUACAAAGAAGUGCACACAGGGACUGAGGCGGCCCUUUGGGGUGGCAGUUAUGGAUAUAACAGAUAUCAUCAAGGGGAAAGCAGAGAGUGAUGAAGAAAAGCAGCACUUCAUCCCUUUUCACCCAGUGACAGCUGAGAAUGACUUCCUACACAGCCUGCUUGGCAAAGUCACAGCCUUCAAGGGAGACAGCGGAGGACAAGGCCUCUGGGUGACCAUGAAGAUGCUCGUGGGUGACAUCAUUCAGAUCCGCAAGGACUAUCCACACCUGGUUGACAGGACCACCGUAGUGGCCAGGAAGCUGGGCUUCCCGGAGAUCAUCAUGCCAGGGGACGUGAGGAAUGACAUCUACAUCACUCUGCUACAAGGCGACUUCGACAAGUACAACAAGACCACGCAGAGGAACGUGGAAGUGAUCAUGUGUGUGUGCGCGGAGGAUGGCAAAACGUUGUCUAAUGCAAUUUGUGUGGGAGCAGGGGACAAGCCCAUGAAUGAAUAUCGGUCUGUCGUGUACUAUCAAGUCAAACAGCCACGGUGGAUGGAAACAGUCAAGGUGGCUGUCCCUAUUGAAGACAUGCAAAGGAUCCAUCUGCGAUUCAUGUUUCGACAUCGGUCAUCCCUGGAAUCUAAAGACAGAGGAGAAAAGAACUUUGCCAUGUCCUAUGUGAAGUUGAUGAAGGAAGAUGGGACCACUCUGCACGAUGGAUGCCAUGACUUGGUUGUCCUAAAGGGGGACAGCAAGAAGAUGGAGGAUGCCAGUGCUUACUUGACUCUCCCUUCCUACCGACACCAUGUGGAAAACAAGGGGGUUACCUUGAGUCGAAGCUCCAGCAGUGUCGGGGGGCUCUCUGUCAGCUCCCGGGAUGUGUUCUCCAUUUCUACCCUGGUGUGCUCCACAAAGCUCACCCAGAACGUGGGCUUGCUGGGUUUGCUGAAGUGGCGUAUGAAGCCUCAACUGCUACAGGAGAAUUUAGAGAAAUUGAAGAUUGUGGAUGGAGAGGAAGUGGUGAAGUUUCUCCAGGAUACUCUGGACGCCCUCUUCAACAUCAUGAUGGAGCAUUCUCAAAGUAACGAGUACGAUAUCCUCGUCUUUGACGCUUUGAUCUACAUAAUAGGACUCAUUGCUGACCGAAAAUUCCAGCAUUUCAACACUGUUCUGGAGGCUUACAUUCAACAGCAUUUCAGUGCUACCUUAGCUUACAAGAAAUUGAUGACGGUGCUGAAGACUUACUUGGAUACCUCCAGCAGAGGGGAGCAGUGUGAGCCGAUCUUAAGAACUCUAAAAGCUUUGGAAUAUGUGUUCAAGUUCAUUGUGCGGUCGAGGACAUUAUUUUCACAGCUCUACGAAGGCAAAGAACAGAUGGAGUUUGAAGAAUCUAUGAGACGGCUCUUUGAAUCAAUCAACAACCUGAUGAAAAGUCAAUAUAAAACCACCAUCCUUUUGCAGGUGGCGGCUUUGAAAUACAUCCCAUCUGUCCUCCACGAUGUGGAAACAGUCUUUGAUGCGAAGUUACUCAGCCAACUCCUUUAUGAGUUCUACACCUGCAUCCCCCCUGUGAAACUCCAGAAGCAGAAAGUCCAGUCCAUGAAUGAGAUAGUCCAGAGCAACCUGUUUAAAAAGCAAGAAUGCCGGGACAUUCUGCUUCCUGUCAUCACCAAGGAACUGAAGGAGCUGCUGGAGCAGAAGGAUGAAAUGCAACACCAGGUUCAGGAGAAGAAAUACUGCGUUGAAUUACUCAACAGCAUUUUGGAGGUGCUCAGCUGUCAGGAUGCGGCCUUCACCUACCACCACAUCCAAGAAAUUAUGGCCCAGCUGCUUCGCACAGUGAACCGGACAGUCAUCACGAUGGGGCGCGAGCACGUUCUCAUUAGUCACUUUGUGGCAUGUAUGACGGCUAUUUUAAACCAGAUGGGUGACCAGCACUAUUCCUUCUAUAUCGAAACCUUUCAGACCAGCUCUGAACUUGUGGACUUCUUGAUGGAAACAUUCAUCAUGUUCAAGGACCUCAUUGGAAAAAACGUGUAUCCUGUAGACUGGAUGGCCAUGAGUAUGGUUCAGAACAGGGUCUUCCUGAGAGCUAUCAACAAGUUUGCAGAAAUCAUGAAUCAGAAGUUCCUGGAACACACAAACUUUGAGUUCCAGCUGUGGAAUAACUAUUUUCAUCUGGCGGUGGCUUUUAUCACUCAGGAUUCUCUGCAGCUGGAGCAGUUCUCGCACGCCAAAUACAACAAAAUCCUGAAUAAGUAUGGGGACAUGAGACGGCUAAUUGGCUUCUCCAUCCGUGAUAUGUGGUACAAGCUUGGCCAGAACAAAAUCUGCUUCAUCCCGGGCAUGGUGGGACCUAUAUUAGAGAUGACACUUAUCCCCGAGGCUGAGCUCCGGAAAGCCACCAUACCAAUCUUCUUCGACAUGAUGCUGUGUGAAUAUCAAAAGAAUGGGGAUUUCAAAAAGUUUGAAAACGAAAUCAUCCUCAAGCUGGACCACGAGGUGGAAGGUGGCCGAGGGGAUGAGCAGUACAUGCAGCUGCUGGAGUCCAUCCUGGUGGCGUGUGCUGCCGAGCACCCAGCCAUCUCCCAAUCUGUGGAGAACUUCGUGAGCCUGGUUAGAGGCCUGCUGGAGAAGCUGCUGGACUACCGGGCGGUGAUGACGGACGAGAGCAAAGACAACCGCAUGAGCUGCACUGUGAACCUGCUGAAUUUCUACAAAGAUAACAAUCGGGAAGAGAUGUACAUCAGGUACCUGUAUAAACUCCGCGAUCUUCACCUGGAUUGUGACAAUUACACGGAGGCCGCCUACACACUCCUUCUCCACACCUGGCUUCUCAAGUGGUCAGAUGAGCAGUGUGCGUCGCAGGUCAUGCAGACGGGCCAGCAGCACCCUCAGACCCACCGGCAGCUGAAGGAGACGCUCUAUGAUAUCAUCAUAGGCUACUUUGACAAAGGAAAGAUGUGGGAGGAGGCCAUCAGCCUGUGCAAGGAGCUGGCAGAACAGUAUGAGAUGGAGAUCUUUGACUACGAGCUGCUCAGCCAGAACCUGAUCCAGCAGGCGAAAUUCUAUGAAAACAUCAUGAAAAUCCUCCGGCCCAAGCCAGACUACUUCGCCGUCGGGUAUUACGGCCAGGGAUUCCCCACCUUUCUGCGGAACAAAGUGUUCAUCUACCGAGGGAAGGAGUAUGAGCGGAGAGAAGAUUUCCAGAUGCAGCUGCUGAGCCAGUUCCCCAACGCGGAGAAGAUGAACACCACCUCCGCCCCCGGGGAUGACGUGAAGAAUGCCCCCGGCCAGUACAUCCAGUGUUUCACCGUCCAGCCUGUCUUGGAUGAACACCCCAGGUUCAAGAAUAAGCCAGUGCCUGACCAGAUCAUAAACUUUUAUAAAUCCAACUAUGUGCAAAGGUUCCACUACUCGCGGCCAGUGCGCAGGGGGACCGUCGACCCCGAGAAUGAGUUUGCCUCGAUGUGGAUCGAGAGAACCUCCUUCAUGACUGCGUACAAGCUUCCGGGGAUCCUGCGCUGGUUCGAGGUAGUUCACAUGUCCCAGACCACAAUUAGCCCUCUGGAGAACGCCAUCGAAACCAUGUCCACGGCCAACGAGAAGAUCCUGAUGAUGAUAAACCAAUACCAGAGUGACGAAAGCCUCCCCAUCAACCCGCUGUCCAUGCUCCUGAAUGGGAUCGUGGACCCUGCUGUCAUGGGCGGGUUCGCCAAGUACGAGAAGGCUUUCUUCACUGAGGAGUACACCAGGGACCACCCUGAGGACCAGGACAAACUGAGCCGCCUCAAGGACCUGAUUGCGUGGCAGAUCCCCUUCCUGGGAGCCGGGAUUAAGAUCCAUGAGAAGAGGGUGUCGGAAAACCUGCGGCCCUUCCACGACCGCAUGGAGGAAUGUUUCAGGAGCCUGAAAGUGAAGGUGGAGAAGGAGUAUGGCGUCAGAGAGAUGCCGGACUUCGAGGACAGGCGCGUGGGCCGCCCCCGGUCGAUGCUGCGUUCCUACAGGCAGAUGUCUAUCAUCUCUAUGGCGUCCAUGAACUCCGACUGCAGCACCCCCAAGGCUACCUCUGAGAGCUUCGACCUGGAAGUGGCGCCCCCCAAGACGCCGAAGGUGGAGCAGGAGGAGCCGAUCUCCCCGGGGAGCACUCUGCCGGAGGUCAAGCUGAGGCGCUCCAAGAAGAGGGCCAAGAGGAGCAGCGUGGUGUUCGCGGAAGAGAAGGCGGCGGCCGAGUCCGAGCUGAAGCGGCUUUCCAGGAAGCACGAGUUCAUGAGUGACACCAACCUCUCGGAGCAUGCGGCCAUCCCCCCCAGGGCGUCCAUCCUCUCUCAAAUGAGUUUUGCCAGCCAGUCCAUGCCCACCAUCCCAGCCCUCACACUCUCCGUGGCAGGUGUGCCUGGGACAGACGACACCACCUCUUCCCCCCGCUUCAGCCAGACCUUUCUCGCCUUCUCAGAAGGUGACAAGAAGACGCUCAAACGGAAGAAAGUAAAUCAGUUCUUCAAGACGAUGCUGGCCAGCAAAUCCGCCGAAGAGGGCAAGCAGACCCCCGACCCACUGCCCUCUGACCUGUGAGCCGCUGCUGACCAGGGCUGCGCGUGGGGAGCCGGGGAGGGGCGUUUCCAGCAGAGGGACCGUGGGACAUCGAUGCCUCAAAGAACAGGGAGGACCUCCUGUCAGCUGCCUUCACUCGGACAGAGGAGGCAGGCUGGGCCAGACCCCAGAACUUGACUGGUAGCAGACCAGCGUCACCGGGGACAAGCGACCCCGGUGGUGGGUGAGGCCGCCCCGCCCCGGAUGCGGGGCUGCGCGAGGAGCCCGCGUGAACGCUUCCGCCGCAUGCGCUCCCGGCGCCCCGGGCCCGCCCGUUACAACCCAGCUUCUUAGGCAGAAGGAGCUGUGUUUUUGUCUCAUUUCUAAGUCCUAGCCCUUCAUAGAAAAGCCUUUUAAAUAUUCUUUUAUUUUAUUUUUGUUUAACAGUUUCAUACUUCACAUUUUUUCAUACAACUAGUUUUUUCCUAGCUGAUCAUCUCCAAAGUGUUGCUGUUUCUUACUGACAAUAAAAAAAAGUGGUUC